AUGACGAGCGAGGAGUGUCCUGUGCCGCUGGGGAGCAUGUCCUCAGCCGUGCCGGGGCAGCGUGAGGACUACGGCUCGACGCAGGCUGAUGACAUCAUCGAGGAAGUGGGCCCGGGCGACGAUGUCAGCAUCGGCAGUGACCUCAGCCCUCUCCUGCUGCCCUACCCGGAGCUGGCGCCCGUGGUCUUUUUUUGCCUUAAGCAGACCACCUGUCCUCGCAACUGGUGCAUCCGGAUGGUCUCCAGCCCGUGGUUCGAGAGGAUUAGCAUCAUGGUGAUCGUGCUCAACUGUGUGACACUGGGCAUGUACCAGCCCUGUGAGAACAUCGGCUGCACCUCGGGCCGCUGCAAGAUACUGCAGGCCUUCGAUGCGUUCAUCUACAGCUUCUUCGCGUUGGAGAUGGUGGUGAAGAUGGUGGCGCUUGGGAUCUUCGGCCGUCGCUGUUACUUGGGAGACACCUGGAACCGGCUGGACUUCUUCAUCGUCAUGACCGGGAUGGUGGAAUACUCGCUGGACCUGCAGAACAUCAACCUGUCGGCCAUUCGGACGGUGAGGGUUCUGCGGCCACUCAAAGCCAUCAACAGAGUACCAAGUAUGCGGAUCCUGGUGAACCUGCUGCUCGACACUCUGCCCAUGCUGGGCAACGUGCUGUUGCUCUGCUUCUUCGUCUUCUUCAUCUUCGGCAUCAUCGGCGUACAGCUGUGGGCGGGGCUUCUGAGGAACCGCUGCUACCCGGAGAAGAACUUCACUCUGUCGUCAGGUAUGACUCUUCCAACUCCAUACUAUCAGCCGGAGGAGGACGAUGAGCGCCCCUUCAUCUGCUCCUUGCCGUCAAACAAUGGCAUCAUGUCGUGCACCGAUGUGCCGGCGAGGCGCGAAGGAGGCCGGACCUGCUGCCUGGACAAGGAGGACGCACUCCACAGACAAGCUCUGGGCCUGAGUCUGGAGCCGCUGACCAAUGGCAGUGGUGCAGGGGAAGCGCUUGGCCUGUGUAUCAACUGGAACCAGUAUUACACUCGCUGCCACACGGGGAACAGUAACCCUCACAAAAGUGCCAUCAACUUUGACAACAUCGUCUACGCCUGGAUCGUCAUUUUUCAGGUGAUCACGCUGGAGGGCUGGGUGGAGAUCAUGUACUACGUGAUGGAUGCUCACUCCUUCUACAACUUCAUCUACUUCAUCCUACUCAUCAUUAUUGGUUCGUUCUUCAUGAUCAACCUGUGCCUGGUGGUCAUCGCCACCCAGUUCUCUGAGACCAAACAGCGGGAGCACCAGCUGAUGCAGGAGCAAAGGGAUCAGUGCCUGUCCUCCUCCACGUUGGCCAGCAUGGCCGAGCCGGGGGACUGCUACGAGGAGAUCUUCCAGCUGGUCUGCCACGUCCUCCGCAAGGCUAAGAGGAGAUCGACGGCUCUCUACUACACGCUGCGGGGCAAGCCCCCGCCGGCUGGUGGAGGCAGGGGUAGCAGGCGCACCGGAGGGAAGAUGAACGGAGAGCGGCAUCACUCCAGACACCCAAGAUCAUCCCACUGUCCACACCAGAGCAGGCAAGACCACGGCCCUCAGACGGAAGCCAACUCCGUCAGUCUGUCUGUCCCUCAAAAUCCAGAGGACUGCCCCAUAUGUGCCCUGUCGCUGAAAGACGGGGCGAGGGCGGCGGGAGACUCGGACAACCGCGAGGAGGACGAGGAGGAUGCCGUGAAAGAAACGGACAAGGAAGAGAACCACUUAGAGGAGAGGGGAGAAGGGGAGAAGAAGAAGAGGAGGACGUGCUUCGGACUCUGUAGGGACCUGUGGAAGGGUAUGAGGAGGAAACUUCGGGGCAUUGUGGAGAGCAAGUACUUCAGACGGGGCAUCAUGAUCGCCAUCCUCAUCAACACCAUCAGUAUGGGCAUCGAGCAUCACAACCAGCCCGAGGAGCUGACCAACGUCCUGGAGAUCUGCAACAUCGUCUUCACCUGCAUGUUCACGCUGGAGAUGAUCCUCAAGCUGACUGCGUUCGGCUUCUUUGAGUACCUGAGGAACCCCUACAACAUAUUUGAUGGCAUCAUUGUUAUCAUCAGUGUGUGUGAGAUCAUCGGCCAAGCAGACGGCGGCCUGUCAGUGCUGAGGACCUUCAGGCUGCUGAGGGUCAUUAAGCUGGUGGGGUUCAUGCCUGCACUGAGGCGGCAGCUGGUGGUGCUGAUGAAGACCAUGGACAACGUGGCCACCUUCUGUAUGCUGCUCAUGCUGUUCAUCUUCAUCUUCAGUAUCCUGGGGAUGCAUAUAUUUGGUUGCAAGUUCAGUCUGAAGACAGAGGCCGGAGACACGGUGCCCGACAGGAAGAACUUUGACUCCCUGCUCUGGGCCAUUGUCACUGUCUUUCAGAUUCUCACUCAGGAGGACUGGAACAUGGUGCUCUACAAUGGCAUGGCCGCCACCUCCCCCUUUGCUGCUCUCUAUUUUGUGGCUCUCAUGACGUUUGGAAACUAUGUGCUCUUCAACUUACUGGUCGCCAUCUUGGUUGAGGGCUUCCAAGCUGAGGGCGACGCAAACCGCUCCCACUCGGAAGAUGACAGGUCCUCCUGUAAUUUUGAGGAGACUGAAAAGCAGAAAGACUCUCUGCAGCUCUCAGACCCAAAGAUCUGUACGCUGACCCCUAAUGGGCACAUGGACCUGUCCUCCCUGCCUGCUGGUCUGUUUCCAGGAGAGAGGUUGACCUUUGCUCUUGGCUCCAGGAAGAAUAGCGCUAUUUCUCUUGGCAGGGCCAACCUGGAGCAGAGGGCUGUGUAUCCUGUUCGGCGUUACCACAACUGGGGACGCACGCUGCCCCCCCACCCUCAGGCCCUGUGGGCCCGUCGCUCCAGCUGGAACAGCCUGGGAGGCGGCCGCCCUUGUUCUUCCUCAUCUCCCUGCGCCAGUCCGUCCUUCACCCCCACUUCCGCAAGGCCCUUCUAUGGCUACGGCCUAGAUGGUCUGGGAGGGUUGGUUGGAGGGAGCCUGCGUAUCCGUGGUCCUCGGGCCUCCUCAUCCCCGCACCGACACUUCCAUGGCGUCCACCCGGACGAGGAGGAGGCUCUGCUCUCCCCUCCCGCUGUGGCUUCCCACUCUCUUCACCUCCCCCACCCUAUGCUCCCAGGUCCCUUUGUACCCAGGAGGGACCGCAGAGCUCUAUCACUGGAGCUGCCCCACCUGCUGCAGGUGCCGGGACCCCCACACCCUCCACCGCUGCCGCCGCCACCACACCACCUACCGCCCCCCAUGACAGUCCACAGGAAGAAGAGCGUCUCUGGUGGGAUGAUAAUCAGCGCAGGUGGUGGCGGUGGCCUCGACUGUCUGGGUGGGUUGGGAGGGGUCCACCAGGACUGCAACGGGAAGACGCCCCCAAGCAGACACCAGACCGAGCAGGCCGGAGGGGCGGACCCCCCGAGGCAGCUGAGGACUGACGUCUUCCCCCAGGUGAACGCCCGCAGCAAGGACCGGGAGGACCUGGACGAUGACAUCGAAUAUUGCUUGUGCUUCCGCAUCCAGAAGACGUUGGAGGCGUACAGACCCGACUGGUGUGAGAGCAGAGAGGACUGGUCCGUCUUCCUGUUCUCCCCACAGAACAAGUUCAGGCAGAUAUGCAAGUCGAUUAUAGACCAUAAGCUGUUUGACUAUGUGGUCCUGGCCUUCAUCUUCUCGAACUGCAUCACAGUAGCUCUGGAGAGGCCCAAGAUAUUACAGGGCAGCUUCGAAAGAAUCUUUCUCACCAUCUCCAACUACAUCUUUACGGCCAUCUUCGUGACCGAGAUGACACUCAAGGUGGUCUCCAUGGGUCUGUAUGUGGGGGAACAGGCUUACCUGCGGAGCAGCUGGAACAUCCUGGAUGGCUUCCUGGUGUUUGUGUCUUUGAUCGACAUCGUUGUGUCCAUGGCGGGCGGGGCCAAGAUCCUGGGGGUGCUUCGAGUCCUCAGGCUGCUCAAGACAUUGCGUCCUCUCAGGGUGAUCAGCAGAGCUCCGGGUCUGAAGCUGGUGGUGGAGACCCUCAUCACUUCCCUCAAGCCCAUUGGCAACAUCGUCCUCAUCUGCUGUGCUUUCUUCAUCAUCUUUGGUAUUCUCGGUGUACAGCUGUUUAAAGGCAAGUUCUUCUACUGCUCCGGCCCCGACGUCAAGAACAUUACCAACAAGUCUGACUGUCUGCAAGCCAACUACAAGUGGGCUCACCACAAGUACAACUUUGACAACCUGGGACAGGCUCUGAUGUCCCUGUUUGUACUUGCCUCCAAAGACGGCUGGGUUAACAUCAUGUAUCACGGCCUGGAUGCUGUUGCUGUGGACCAACAGCCGGUGACCAACAACAACCCGUGGAUGCUGCUGUAUUUCAUCUCCUUCCUGCUCAUCGUCAGCUUCUUCGUCCUGAACAUGUUUGUCGGCGUGGUGGUGGAGAACUUCCACAAGUGCCGCCAGAACCAGGAGGAGGCGGAGCGCAAGAGGCGAGAGGAGAAGCGUCUGCGGAAGUCGGAAAAGAUGAGGAGGGAAGCCCAGAAGGUGCCGUACUCCGCCAGCUACUGCCACGUGCGCCUGAUGAUCCACACACUGUGCGAAAGCAACUACCUGGACCUCAUCAUCACCUUCAUCAUCUGCAUCAACGUCAUCACCAUGUCCCUCGAGCACUACGAACAACAUCACUCUCUGGCUCUCACCCUGAAGUACUGCAACUAUUUCUUCACCUCCACUUUUGUUUUGGAGUCGGUGCUCAAACUCAUCGCCCUCGGCUUCCGACGCUUCUUCAAAGAAAGGUGGAACCAGUUGGACCUGGCCAUUGUGCUUCUGUCCGUGAUGGGCAUCAUUCUGGAGGAGAUUGAGACCAGCUCCACUCUGCCCAUCAACCCCACCAUCCUCAGAAUCAUGAGAGUACUGAGGAUAGCACGAGUGCUGAAGCUGCUGAAGAUGGCGACAGGAAUGAGGGCCCUGUUGGAUACGGUGGUCCAAGCCCUGCCUCAGGUGGGUAACCUGGGCCUGCUCUUCAUGCUCCUGUUUUUCAUCUACGCCGCCUUAGGAGUAGAGCUUUUUGGAGAACUAGUUUGCAAUGCGGACUACCCAUGUGAGGGUAUGAGUCGUCACGCUACUUUUGAGAACUUUGGCAUGGCCUUCCUUACCUUGUUCCAAGUCUCCACGGGCGACAACUGGAAUGGCAUCAUGAAGGACACAUUGCGGGAGUGCCCCCCCGACCACAGCACCGACAAAGACUACGCCUGCAAUCCGAGCCUUCAGUUUAUCUCGCCCAUGUAUUUUGUCUCCUUCGUGCUCACCGCCCAGUUCGUGCUCAUCAACGUGGUGGUGGCUGUGCUGAUGAAGCACCUGGACGACUCCAACAAGGAGGCCCAAGAGCAGGCGGAGAUGGAUGCAAAAAUUGAGCAGGAGCGGAUCCAGGGCACCCUCUGUUGCAUGGGCGACCCCGGCUGCGGGGGUGGGGGGGUGGAGAAAGAGCUGGUCGCCGCAGCGUCAGGGCCCGGAGGCCCGGCAGGAGGACGGGAGAGUGGAGACGGCCGAGGAGAAGCAGGGAAGAAGAUGAGGCAGGCAGCAGCCACUGCGCACCAAGAACUGUACAACUCCCGCAACACCCUGCACUCACCAGCACAAGAGAGCCAGUGGCUGGACAGCGUUUCUCUCCUGAUCGAGGACACGCUAGAGGGGGAGAUGCUGAUGAUCGACAACCUCUCUGGCUCUGUCUUCCACCACUACUCCUCCCCUGCACCCAUCUGCAAGAGCCACCCGCAAGAGCAGAUCAGGAUGGCAGAGAUUGAGCAGGCGUCUCUGAAGUCAGAGCAGCUGUCGGACAAGUCUUCGUCCCCUGCGCUGCCCGACGACCUCAGCCUGGACGAGAACACUUCCUACCAGCUGCUGGCCCGGGGGGGCAAGGGAAGUAGCAGCAGUGACUCUCGCAGCUCUGAGGAGGCCAGAGGUGGAGGCCACCAGACUCGAACCGUGGUGCAGAGUCAGGUGCAGGGGUUGGGUCCGCCCUGCAGGGCCCUCUGCACUGGUUCUGAGACGGACACCACACUUCAGGAGAUGGACAUGCAAACACACCAAGCACACAUGCGUUCACCUCACUGCAGCCCCGGUGGCGUUUCAAGGAGCAGCAACAAGGACAGAACUGAAGGAGGAGCAGGAGGAGACAGAGGCAAUUCUCCUCUCUUCCAUCUGCCUGCAGAGUUCUUCCACCCCGCAGGAGUAAACAUCCCAGCGCCUCCCCGCAGUAGGAGCCUAAGGUUGACAAGGAGCCAUAAGCUGACUUCCCCAGCCUCCUGGGCUUCACUCCGCUCCCCGGGAGCCCAUAGAGAGAUGCUCUGUACACAGUUCCCAUCCCGCAGUGACUCGUCCCUUGCUACAGGCAGCUCUGAAGGUAGCCUCCAGACCACCCUGGAAGAGGGACUGAGCUUCAGCAUCUCCCCGCCACAGAACUUGGAGCUGCCACUGCUAACAGCUCCCUUACCACUUGUGUGCCCUCUCCCAUUGCCUGAAGAUAGGACUAUCCUCUCCUCCCCGGUCCAGACCCUGAGACCAAGGUCCAGUCCCUCCUCAGCUUUAACCCUUCAGGCCACCAGGGGCCACCAGCGGAGCCAGAGCAGCGGGCGAGGUAGCACCAGCCCAUGCUACACCCGCGACGACUCCAUCGACCCUUCCGAUGAAGACCAAGGUAUAGGCAUUGGAUCGUCAAUCGGCGGUUGUGGCUCCAGCCAGGCGGGCAACAGUGAACACUUGUCAGAGACACUGAGCAGCUUGUCGCUGACAUCACUGCUGUCCCCCAGCUCCCUGGUGUACCCCGGAGGAGCAGUGAAGAAGUGCAACAGCACAGGCAGCCUGGACCAAGGGGGGGUGUUGCUGUCAUCCCGGGGCAAGGAUGGUCGCAGGGAGAUUCUAGGCCUGGAGCUUAUGGACCCCCAGGGCUUCUUGGCCAAUCCCUGGACAGGGGCAUUAGUUGACAAAAGAAGAGGAGAUGGAAGUGGACUUGGAGAGGAAGGAUUCAAAGGGAAGAGCUCAAGCCAAACAACAGUGGGGCCUUGUCGAAAAAACAGAUGAAACCUGCUGUAAGCUCCUCCUUUGUCUCUCCAUUCCUUGGAUCUAAACCCAUCGCCGUCCCUCUCACUCUCUCUGCUCUCAUCAGUGAGAGAGAGGCUCGAUGACACAUGAUGUCCCGUGUUCCAAAACCCAACCCUCAUCCUGCCCCUUCAACCCCUUUCUAUACAUUUGUGACAAGCCCAUGUCCCAUUUUGAGCUACCUAGGGGAGUGGCCUCGGCUGCGAUCUGCUGGUGAGGAAGUGGCCUGCGGAGUUGAGGCCCAAUCUCUGAAGAUCGGACCUGACAUCAUCUUAGAGGCUGUGGAAGGUUCUGCCUCACAUUGGAAGACGCAAGAAAGAGUCUUGUUGUUGCUCGACUGUAGUCACCUCUCCUUCAUGUCGGCUCACUGAGGUUUUUAAAAUGCAAAAAACAGAAGCACCCAAACUGAAACAGCUAUCAACGCCAACAGAGACUGCUUUGAUUCGUUUAUGUCUCAGAGGCAGUGCAGCAUGCAAGUGGGCGGAGGCUCAGAGAUGGAGGAGUAUAUGAAGGUGGAAGUAAGCCUGGGAACGGAGAAGGCAGGUCAUUUGUUUGGCUGGGAAAGCAGAAAGCGGAUCUAAUGUCCAUCUGCUCUGGCAGACGGAAACAACAGGUCCUACUCACUCCGGCACAGGACCUUCUGCUGGGUUCAGAUAUGUGAGGUGGAGGAGAGUUCAAGAGGGUUUGCUCACAGUGUGUGCUUUUGUGUGGGAGCACUGCCUCAGGUAUCCAAGGCAUGACUUAAAUCAUUAUCAUCACCUCACCAUACCUCUGUAUUUUUCUUUUAAAAAGGGGAUAGGUAUUGUCUGAUCAAAGCUUUGUGCCUCUGUCCACUUGGUCUUGAGUGGCACUGGAAAAAUGGAAAGAAAAGAUUGCAUGGACCGGUUUGUGAAAUUGGUUAUUUUUCUUUCAAUCAGACAUGAAGAAGUGAGGGUGAAAAAUGGCAUGGAUAGAUGGAGCUUGACAAACCCCAUCAGGGGAAACAAUAACGGAUUCCUUGAGGCAGCCUUGUGUGCACCAACACAUGGUUAAUAAAGUGAGACUUUGAGCACACUCCCGUUUGACAGUACCACCCAUCAACAGGCUUAAGGAUUUGAAAUGAACAGGCGCCACCACAAGAGUCGCGAGGGACCUUGACUGCAUGACGGACUUGCAUUUAACCAAGAGUUUUAUCCAUAUACAGAAGUGUAUCAAGAUGUCAAUGUUGGGUGAUAACCAUGUGAUUUCUAUUCCACUAUUUUUGUAGAAAAAAAGAGAAUAGGCACGUGCGAGUGUUGCCGUUACUUUGUCCCAAUUUAAUUUAACCCAUCUGGUCUUUGACUUGUUUUCUAGGACUUUUUGUCUGCCAGUGGCUU